UGGCGGCUGAAAAUGUCUAAAACAAUAUUUCUCAAAAUAAAAGUAAACUGAAGUGAUAUUUUAUAAAUUAAAUAUGAAUUUACGUUUAAAGAAGUGAAACUGGUGACUUUUGCGUGACAAUAACAAUCAAUAAAAACACUUUUAACAGUCAUGUAACGACAAUACCUUCCAGUAAUUUAAUCAUGGCCUUUUACUGCGAAUAAUAUAAUUCUAUACCAGUUUCAUUUAUAAGUGUUUAGUGAUGGUGUUUGAAAUGAUUCCGUAGUGUUACUUAGCAACAUGGCAAAAGAUGGUGACUUGCCUACUAUUUUUAAUCCUAAGCGAGUUCGUGCUCCUUCUGUGAUAAUAACAAGUGAGGAAGUUGAGACUGAACGAGGGGGUGAAGGUGAUCGUGAUCUUCCAAAUGGACCCCCAACACCCCUGAGCCCGCGGGCGCCUCUAACGCCGCAAACAUCCGUGUCGUCGGCAGUGUCUGCACCACCGCUGACGACGCAGCCGUCCCUUCAGCAAGCCUUCAGUGAGUCUGCGGCUAGCAGUCAAGACGAAGAGCGACAGCUCCGCGAGAAGAAAUGCCCAAGAUCUUGCUGCUCAAAAUUUGCUAAAAAGAUCUACUAUGGAAUAUGUGUCACACUGGUCCUUACUGCCUCCUGGGUGACAUCUACCCACUGCAUCAAGCACAUGUACCUUGAAACUUACCCACCUAUAAUCUAUCCCACUAGCACGGAGACAACUUCUCAGACCUUCAACUAUACUGCUAAGCCCCAAAGUCAAAAUGAGAACCUAUACAAUGCCCCAUUCUUCACUGCCUGGUUUAGCACCAACUGGCUCAUAUUGUUCUAUCCUAUCUAUGUGGUAGUAAUGCUCAUCCACAACAAGUGUAAAUCUGCCAAUGACAUAGUGUAUGAUGCCUUCAGAGACUUCAGAGAGAAGGGAUUCACUUUUGCUCGCUUCAUCAGCCGCUGCGGGUUGUUCUGCCUGCUGUGGGUGGUCACCAUCUACAUGUACACUUACUCCUUGAAGAUCCUGCUCUGCACAGAUGUGGUGGCUCUGUUUGCCACCAAUGUCUCCUGCAUCUAUCUGUUGUCCUGGGUCAUAUUACAUGAACAGUUUGUUGGUGUUAGGAUCGUGGCGGCUAUUCUGUGCGACACCGGAAUAGCGUUGCUUGCGUACAUGGACGGCAUAACAGGCAGCUCUACACUUGGUGGGGUUGUACUAGCUGCCUGCGCCGCGGCAGGCUUUGCUAUAUUUAAGGUUCUGUUCCGUAAAGUAAUGGGUGAGGUGAACACCGGCCAGCGCGCGCUGUUCUUCUCCAUCCUGGGCAUCGUGAGUGCCUCGCUCCUGUGGCCGGUGUGCCUCGCGCUCUACCUCACCGGCUCGGAGAUGCUGCCGUCCCCCUCGCACCAAAUGCCCUGGCUUCACCUCUUGGGGGCCAGUCUUGCGCUGUUGGUUUUCCAUCUAGUGUUCCAGUUCGGCAAUAUCGUGACGUACAACAUUUUCGUCUCACUCGCUCUCAUCACCGCUGUACCAGUCUCAGCCGGAUUGGACGUGGCGUUCUACCAAGUGCAGUUCGAGGGCAUGAAGCUGGCCGGCAUCGUGCUGAUCGGCGUGGGCUUCUCGCUCGUCAUGUUCCCCGACAACUGGCCCAACUACAUCAUGCGCCUGCUCAGAUGGAGCCGCCGGCAGCGCGGAAACAACGGGUCCGGGCGCAGCCGCGACGCCAUGGACUUCCGCACCGGCUACAUACGCUCGCACCUCCGCUCGCCCUCCGGCCGCGUGCGGUGACCGCCCGACGACCUGUCCUAAACGACUAUAUGCUCUACUGCGGCGUAAUAACGGUCAAAUUACAACGCUCUGAUCAAACUUUCCUCUUACUAUCGACGAUUUGUUGUUUGGUUAUGUAGGAUUGGUUCAAAGGCGGAAACCCUCAGUGACGUAUUCUCUGACGAACAUAGGCCAACAAAGGGCCCUAUAAAAUUCUUUAAAAAUACAUAGCGGGCCGUGCACCGCUGCGGGGUGCCUUAAUUGUGGUCGAUAGGGAUAAUCGGCUAGAACUCCGUAAAAAAGGGUACAAAUAUAUCUCAACGAAAUAUUGAGAGUUAUGUGGCGGGGAUAGUGUUGAUUGAAUAAUAUGAAUGCAAAAUUGAAUGUUCUUAUAUUGAAAUUAAACCCAACGUCAGCUGAUCUUAAAAUGAUCGAAUUUUAUCUUAUGACUUUAUAUUUGUAAAGUUGCAACUCUUGAUCUGCUCAUUAUUCUCAUGUUAGACCUCCAAAUUUAAUGGCCAAAAUUUACACAUUAUUCCGAUAUACUCGUUAUAUACCGAUUCUACUUUUAAAUCCGAAAAUAAUACGUUUUGUAAUAUGCCUCGAGGUUUAAAUAUUAAAAUAUCUUCAAUGAACUGAAUCUUCUUCAAAUCUCACAUCGUCGCUAUUAUAUAAUAAUAUCUAGUGCUUGUAUAAUUUUAUAGACUUACUUCGACUACCGUCCGUCCUCUCGAUUAGAAAGGGCACUUGAAAAAUUAAUGUUUUAUGAAAGUCAUCUGCACUAGUAACAAUAAAUAUUAAAAUUCGGGAUGCCGGGAUGUUAAAUAUCUAUUAACACAAAUCUCAAUGUGGUCAAAAAUUGAAAAGCAACACAGAUGUACUUGGGAAAAUGUUCUAUUAACAGAUGAAAUGAUAAGAGUACAGCUACAGUGUCUGGCCCCCAAGAUAUACUACCGUCCCUCUUUAAAUAAUACUGUAAGACAAAGGCGGAUAGUCUAUCUCAUAGGCAAGAUGAUGUAAGGGUGGUAUUCCAGCUGUCCAAUUUCUUUGUCCACCAAUGUCAGUGCGUCUCACUCUCUGAUUAAAGCAAAAUGUGAGACGCAAUACACAUUGGACAAAGGAAUUGGUUAGGUGGAAUACCACCCUUAGGCCUACUGGGCGCUAUGUUUGCAUAAUGGCAGACUGUGGGACCUAAUCUGUCAGAGAAACAUUUUUUCCUUUAGCGCCCAGUAGUGAAGAGAGAUGUUUGGCAGUUUUUAACCCCAUUCUCGAGAUACUGAUGUAAUGUACAUCACCUAGUGCACGUUAGAACUUCAAUUAUAUACUUAUCUAUAAUAUAUAUUCUAUCUAUAAUACUUAAUCUUGAUGUUGUGAUCACCAGUAGUGGUUAGCGUAGGGUUUGGAUCGUUUCAAUGUGCGAGGAAGUAAUUCGAUCGUACAUUCAGACGCUCCGAAGGAUGGCUUCCGAAUUUGUCUUUAGAAAUUAUGAUAAUUAUCGAAUUUUAAAAUAAGAUCUAGUCGAAUCUAGUCAGGGUAUAAAUUUGUUAUACACGAAUUAAUUUACUUUAAAUGUUACUCUUAUCGAGAGUUUAUUUACUGUAGGUUUUAAUUUAAUUAUUUAUAUAUUUAGAUAUUUUUUCAGUCGCUAUUGCCAUAAGCCAGGCAAUUUCGAGUCAUGGAAUUCCUCGUACUACCUGUAUUUAGUGUCAAUUUUUACCGACAUGUCCAAAGUGCGAAUCUGCGUGGCUUUUUGUAACGGUUAUCGGUGAACGCAUCUUUUAGCUUUUAAGUUUAACUUUUUAUGCACUUUAGGCUUAGCACGCACUGCGGUUUUUAAAAAGCGGUUCCGCUACCGCAAAAAAUGUAACGUACGGCAUUCUUUAUAAGCGCACGCACUUGCGAUUUAUUUCAGAGACUGAUUUUAAAAACGCAACUUGCUACAUUUUGAUUCGCGGUUUGCAACCGCGCGUUUUUAUGUAUCCCAUACUUCAUGUACGGCAGCGCCCCCACUGCGGUUCGUAAAAAGCGGUUUUUUCGUCAGUUCGGCUCAGAGAGCGGAGCAGUGAGGUGUGUUGUGCGCUGCAUUAUGUCGUCGGAGUCCGAAAGUUCGUUGCCGGUCGAAAGUGAAGCGUUGCCGGUAGACAACAAACACAAUAAAAUAUCCCUUCAGAUAUCUUUGAUCUGUUAGAGGAUGUACCCAGUACUUAUGUUGGCGAAGACGUUUUCUAUUUUUUUUAUUUCUUAAAACUAAGGCCACAACACAUACUGCUCUGAGGAAAUCCAUUGUCAUACUGAACGUGAAAACCGCGGAAACGCAACCGCAGUGCGAGUUCCUGCGCGGUUCGGCGUUUUCGGCCAGACCGCAACCGCAAGAAAAAAACCGCAGUGCGUGCUAUGCCUUAUGCAAGUCCUACUACCGCCCCAAAACGUAGAAAUAAAAUAUAAGCAACACUUAACACCAAGUCAUUGUCAUGCAUGUUAAAUGUAUACAUUUGCGUUUAAGUUUUCAUUAUAAUAUUAAAGGCUACUGAAUUUCAAUUCACAUUGAAAUGAGCAUCUUCAUAUAUAUUAACACAUUCAUUGCCACUAAGUACUACGGGUUACGCUAGUAGCGCGUAGCCACGGUUUCGCCGUAUGGAGCGCGUAAUCGCUACGAACAGUGUACCCGACAGUCGGGUUCUUGGCGCUGAAUGUGUUAAUAUGUGGCGUAAAAAUUAUGUCAAUGUUUUUUCGCCUACCAAAGAUUGAAUAUGCAGAAAUUUUAACUAAUUUGACCUCGACCAUACCUAAAUGUAAAUCAUUUGUUCAUGCAUGCACAUAACUUGUAGAUACGUAUAUACAUCACUUAUGUAAUACAUUAGUUGGCUACCGCGUUACCUUCUCGAGGUUUCGACUCUUCGCUCCGUAUAUAGUUGUUACAUUAUUACGUUAAUCCUACAGUAGCCGUAGAAGUUAGUUGACGACUGAAUUGUUAAAAAUGGCGUACGAAUUGAAGCCUUAUUGCUGCUGUCUGCAUGGGUCGUUCUCGUAUGCGUUUUAUAAAAAUCUGUAUAAUUUGGAUUCCUUCAUUGAGAUGGUAUACUGGUGUCGAAUGUUUUUCCGCGUAAUAUUAUCGCUCUAAAUAUCCGCUUAGAGCGCUUUGGUCGACGGUUUUUUCUGAAUCCAUACUAACAGUGUGGCUAAAGGCACAUCGUUCAUCUAUUAUCAGCGUUAUUUGCAAUUUGUUAUGAUGUUAUUGAUAUGUUUAUAUUAAUUAUUAUUGUUUUUGACAUGUUAUAAUCUUUAAGUAAUGUAUCAUCAAUGCGUUGUAGUGUCAUAAGUUUUUCUUACGUGCCAGGUUUCACCAGGGUGUAUGUUUUCAUUCCUUCUCUAAUUUAAUUUAUAUAAAGUGGCUCAUACUUAGGUCAUAAUACCUAUAUUUAUUGAUAUCGACCCACAAAUGCACUGAUAAUGGUAGACUAAUACUCAUGGCACUGAAACGCACUAAUAUAACCCUCAAUCAGUAGGUACUGAACGACAAUGUUAAAAGAAAACUAAACUGUUACAAAACCUAAAUUAAUUUGUCACUGAAAGUGCAUUUUGUUAAGUAUUUAAAUAAGUAUAAUUUUACAUUCCCACAUCAAUGUUGAUCUCUUUUUAAGAAUAUUUUAGCUAGAGUAUACUUUGCGCAUAGCCUCACGACUCAACACCGCUCGUUAAAUUCACUAGCUAAUUAAUGUGGACAAUACCGUCUCUAAGGGAAGUCCGUCUACAAGCUCUUCAGUCGCCUUUAACUCUUGCGUUAGUACACAUACUCCACUUACAGGUCCUUAGGGCGGGAAUGAAGCUCUUCCUUUCUGACUGUGUCUGAGGGUGGUAUUCCACCUAUCUAAUUUCAUUGUCCAAUGUGUAUUGCUUCUCACAUCUUGCCUAAUAAGAGGGUGAGACGCAAUGCCAUUGGACAAAUAAAUACCACCCUGAGCGACGUGUAUACAACUACGAGAGCUCUUGUCCUAUGAUUGCCUUCCCGUAAUACAUUGUAUAUGCUGAUCUUCCCCACAUUGACCUUAGGUUGGUAUUUCACCUGUCCAAUAUCUUGGUCCAAUGUGUAUUGCGUCCAAUCUCUCUCACUAUGCAAAAUGUGAGAUGCAAAUACACAUAGGACAAAGAAGUUGGACAGGCGGAACACCAACCUUAGCUUAUUUGCCUCCAUGUUUCAAACAUAUUUUAUCUUCAAUAAUGGAUUGGUGUUGGUGGUGAGGACAUGCGCAGAGUACAUUUAUCACUAGCGAUACUAGUCGAGUUGUUAUCACGUUUUUUGUAUCGUCAAGCUCAAUGUAUUUGUUGUGACUGUGAUGUUUUGUAUGGUUGCUUAUCUUUGAAUGUGUUAGUUGAUUAAAAUCCAAUAAUGGCUGCGACGUAAUAAUAGCAGAUGACUGGUACACAUGAAAUUUUAAAUAACAAAAUUAAUAAACUACAAAUGGAAUUCGUUGAAUUAGUGAAAAUAAGUUUCUAAUUUUCGUUCGUAAAACUAUUGGUUUGCUAUAAAACCUCGGAAGGCCCCUUCCGAGUGACAACAGAGAGUUCCUACCACUAGAUAUAACAACUAAUGAUAUGUUCUUGGUCUAUAUGAAAAUUAAGGCAUACAGUUAGUUUAAUAGCCUUCGCCACAAUGUUGGAUAAUAAUGACAAAUGGUCGGAAUUAAAUUAUGUUUUAGAAGUACCAUGUGCCGUAAAAGUGCAUGGCGAAUUUAUCAAUGAUUUCAUUCAUAAUUUCUCCAUACAAUUUCGCAGCUCACUGUACACGUACAGUCACCGUCGUAUAGUAGGUAGCUACCAAAGUAUUCAAAUAUGUAAUUCGGUACGCCAUACAAAUUAUAUAACGCUGACUGUACAUCUAAAUAAAAAAUAUUACAAAUAAUGUUGACCGUGUUGUCGGUGUUGUGUUUGUUAACAGGUUAAACAAUUUAAAUAUUUGACCAGUUAACUGUUAUUGUUAUAAUGUUCGCAGCCUAAUCCAACUCGAAUAUUUGUAUUCAACAAAAAAAGUUAUUAGAAACAGAAUUUGUAAUUUAAGUAGGUACGUUUAUAUUCAAUGAAUUUACACAAAUGCACAUUGGUUAUUGUUUCUGACAACAGUCUUUAUUGUUAGUUUGAUUAAAAUAAUGAUUAAAGACUGAAUUAAAUUGAAAAUGACUAAAAUCAAUUACACUUCGUGAAUUAAAAAUUUAAGUAUAAACGGGACCGGAUUUCGCGGGGGUGAGGAGAAGAUAGUGUCUCAAACUAGGACCCUUAACCCUUAGUCUUUGGUUGCCGAAAAUAAUAAAAAAUACAGAUUACAGAGAGAACAGUAAGACUAUAAGAGUAAUAUAAGUAAAGAAAGAAAGAGAAACUGGAUACAUCAGUUUUCUUACCAAAACGCGAGUAUGUUCUAGUCUACAUCUAACUGGUUUCGGGGUUGGCCUCAGUAAAAGCUGCUCAGUAUAAUCCCAAAACCUCCCUGGCAACGGGAAUGCUCUUUUUUUUGACCACCCUGUAUAAUUCUUCUGUUUAUAUUUGACUGAAUUAGACUAUUGUUCAAAUUGGUCUUUCUUCACUCCCCGAAGCGAGCCGAACCGCAACGAGUAAGUUAUGUCUUAAGUAGAGAAGAAAAUGUUUAUUAAAUCGGUGUUAGUUUAGAUGAAAGUGAUUUAUGUACUAGGACACGUUAUUAGAAGCAACAUGUUAUUGUACGUAAUGAGUAGCGGACACGAGAUAACACCUUGGCCCCUGUGAUUCAUUUAGUUUAAACUAGGAUUUGAUAGUCGUUAAAUAAAAUUUGUCAUAGA